AUGACGGUAACCCUGAAAUAUUUAAAAAAUAUCCAAGCUGUCGAUCCGAAUUUGUCGGCCCUCGCUCGCCAUUUAUACUUCACGAAGCUACCUCAGCUAAGCUCGAUUUUCUCCGGUAAAUUUUCCGACCAGAAGGCAAGCAGAAAAUUGUUUUACGGCUUCUUCUUUGUUAGCUUCAGUUACCCCAAAAAAUUCGGCAUAAUUCCAUCCAUGGCGGUCUCGAUGUUUCAGCCAAUGGCCGUGCCGGUGUUCGAUUCGGCGGCGGAGGAUCUGAGAACGGUGUGCGCCGGAGGUAGGACCAGAAGCUACGAGUGGAGGGUCUCUCAGUUGAAGGCGCUCCUCACCAUAACCACCCGCCAUGAGAGAGACAUUAUGCAGGCUCUGCGUGCCGACCUCAAUAAGCCAGAGCAAGAAGCUUUUCUGCACGAGGUUUAUGGAGUAUCAUCAUCGUGUAAGCUGGCUUUGAAGGAAUUACAUCGAUGGAUGACUCCAGAAAGAGUGAAAACAGAGAUGGUCGGCUCUUCAUCAUCAGCUGAAAUAGUGUCGGAGCCUUUGGGGGCCGUUUUGAUUAUAUCAACUUGGAACUAUCCCUUUUCGCUGUCACUCGAACCGGUUGUUGGAGCUAUUGCAGCUGGGAAUGCCUUAGUUUUGAAGCCAUCCGAAGUUGCCCCUGCAACAUCCUCAGUGCUAUCAAAGCUUCUCGGGGAGUAUAUGGACACCUCAGCAGUGAAGGUUGUUGAAGGCGGUGUGCCCGAGACAACUUCCUUGCUGGAACAAAAAUGGGAUAAAAUAUUUUACACAGGGAGUCUCAAUGUGGGACGCAUUAUAUUAGCUGCUGCUGCUAAGCAUUGCACACCGGUGGUUUUAGAGCUUGGAGGGAAAUGUCCUUUAGUGGUUGAUUCAGAUAUCAACUUAAAAGUUGCAGCAAGACGAAUAAUCUCUGGCAAGUGGGGAAGUAACAGCGGACAAACUUGUGUUUCACCCGAUUAUAUUGUGACUACAAAAGAGUUUGCCUCAACAUUGGUGGAUGCUAUUUCAUUCGAGCUGGAGAAGUUCUAUGGAAAGGAUCCUCUGCAAUCGAAUGACUUGUCGAGCAUUAUAAAUUCCCGCCAUUUUGACCGUUUGACAAAGUUAAUGGAUGACAGGAAGGUUUCUGGUAAAGUAGUUGUCGGUGGUCAGCGGGAUAAACUCAAUCUCAAGAUUGCUCCCACAAUUAUAUUGGAUGUCUCACGGGAUUCCCUUAUCAUGAAUGAGGAGAUUUUCGGUCCUUUACUUCCAAUUGUCACGGUCGAUAGAAUCGAGGAAAGCUUGCGCCUGAUUAAUUCCAGAGGAAAACCUCUGGCCGCAUAUAUAUUUACAAACAAUAAACAGCUCAAGGAAGAUUUCGCAAGAAGCAUCUCGGCUGGGGCCGUGGUUAUUAAUGAGACAGUUGUGCAUAUUGUAGAGCCCGGGCUACCGUUUGGAGGGGUCGGGGAAAGUGGGAUGGGAUCGUACCACGGCAAAUUUUCGUUCGACACUUUCAGCCACAAAAAAGCCGUUAUGAAGUGCGAAUUCAAUGGUGAUACAGACAUGAGGUACCCUCCGUACACCCCCCAGAAGCUAAACAUUUUGAAGGCAGCUUUGAACCGUGAUAUACUAGGAAUUGCUCGUGGUUUGAUUGGUUGGUGA